ACCAGGAAGUAAAACAAACACACAGCAGCUGGUGAAAACAAGGAAGUAAACGCUGCGGCGGCGAAGCAGAAGCCCUUCUUGUGCUCAAACGCCGAGUUGGUGCACGUGAAAGUACUGCAGCCCGGGCGGAUUCAAGCCAAGACACGGCGGCGAUGCUAACGCAGUUAGCCGCUAAGCUAAUAGCUACCCCGGCUGGCGCUACAUGAUCUCAGAUGUAGGCAGGCAGGAAGACACAGACGAAGACUGUCCACGCUCGUGAUCCGCAGAAUUGCCAUCAGUCAUGGACCGCGGAGGGGAACCGCAGGACGGAGCCGCGGGGCUCCCACAGGAGGAGCUGCCGCAGAUGGAUGGAUCGUGUGACGCGUGCGAGCCCGAUGAGCCCCAGCCCGCCACGCACGUGUGCCACACCUGCAGCUUCGCCUUCUGCCCGGCCCAUGCCGAGAGGCACGCCGGCAGCACGCGCCACCCCUUGGUGCCUUAUGACCACGGGGAGACACAAGCGGAUGGACUCGGCGGUGGCGCCGCCUCUGGGGUUAAUGGGGGUGAGGGCGACGGCGCUGAGGGGGGGGAGGAGGGAGCCCAGGGCGCGGAGGCCGGCCAGGAGGACGGCAAGAGGAGCACGGUGACGGUGGAGAGGCUGCGCUGCAGGGAGCACGGCCAGGAGGGCUCGCUCUACUGCAAGGCGGACGAGAAGAUCAUCUGCGUGGUGUGCGCCGUGCAGGGAGAGCACCGGGACCAUGAGAUCAUCACUCUGCACGAGGCCUACGUCUGGCAGAAGAACAGACAGGGUUAUGACCUGCUGGGCUGUACGCAGCAUAUGGCUGAGAAGAUCAAGACAAAGUGGACCAACCCUGAGAUGUCUACAGAGGAGCUGGAGGCGUACGUGAACGGCCAGUUUGACGACCUGCGCAGACUGGUGCGUCUGGAGGAGAGGAGGACCCUCCACCUGGUGGACCUCAAGGAGGCCUUCCUGACGGCGUCGGCCGCCGAGAAGAUCGCCGAGAUCACCGUGCAGACCGAGCGCCUGCAGGAGGAGAUGGCCAGCAUCACGCACCAGCUGUGCCUCCUGGAGCAGGCGGAGGCGCAGGCCAUGGGCCCCGCGGGGGCGGUGGAGGCCCUGGUGGCAGGGGCCGGGCCGGCCCACAGAGUACCGCACGACAUUGAGGCCAGGCCGAGGCUUCCGGAGCCGAGGGCGGAGCCCGUGGACCCGCGGGACUUCGACGACAGCGACUCCGGGCCGUCCAUGGACCAUGCCCCUUGAUUCCAGCGAGCCAGGCUCCUUCCACUUUCACACGUCCUUCGGUGUCUGCCUCAGCCCCGGCGAGUCGUCAGGCCUUCUCCCUUUUUUGCAGCCCCCCCCCCACCGAGCGCCUGCCGGCAGUGGACCGACCUUGAGCAAGGGUGCGGUGACAAAUACGGAUGGCCACGUCGCUCCCGCUCUCAAACUUUCUUUAAUUCCUCACGAGCUACUAACUUUCUUUGAUUGAAGAACGCGAGUUAUGUGCAAUCAAUUACGAUCAGGCUCAGUUUCCACCGCCAGUCAGAUCCUUGGCUUACUGGUGAGCCUGGCUGACUCAGAGAGGAAGCUCGGGUACGCAGCCGAGCGGAGCAUCUGUUAAGCCCAACAGAUGUCAGCCAGGGGAAAUGCUGUGAUGUGGCGCGGCUCGCUCAUUUAUGCGCGCUGUCGUUUCGGUGUCAUUUUCCGACAAACGCUUUGGACACAGGCGCGAUAAGGGAAGCGCCGUCAGAGGCCUCGUGUCCUUUAGAGAUGAUGUUCAGGGUGAUUAUAUUUUAGUGUGUAGCUUGUGUUUGUCCGUCCUGUUCAUCAUCCGCCCCAUCCACAUGCUUUGUAGAUUUGCGCGCACUUCCCGCGACGCGUCGGCUCCAUUAUCAGCGGCGGGGGGACGUUUUGACACCUAUCGAUCGGCCAAUGUUGCUGAGUCUUUGUUAGGUGAAAAUCGAACUGUAAUUUGACUGUACAAAGCAGCACUUCCAGCGCAUCAGCCGUCGGCGUGCUGUAAUGUAAAGGCUCAUUUCUCCCGGCCGACCGGCAGCGCGUGAUGGAUUACAGUGCGGGGCAAAUGAGCACACUUUUUUUUUUUUCUUUGAACUGCUCAACUGUGGGUUUCAUUCGCGAUGCACCGCCACGGGUCUGUCUCUAUCAGCAGUUUGUUUUCACUGUGAUUGAUUCUGUUGCCUUAAAUCCUAAAUUGAAUGUGGUGUCAUCUCUAACACUUGGCACGUGUUUGACAGCGCCACGACUUCAGCACCGCGCUAAGAUGCGCCGCCAGGUUCAUCCCUCCCCGAGGGGGAGUGUUCGCGUGUCAACAGCCUCUCGAAAUAACUCCAGCAGCUCCUACUUUACUCUAACAGCAGCCAGGAGCCUGGUCGGCUGAUGCUUUCUCUUGUUUUUAUUUGUCUAUUUUUGUCAUAAAUCUGUAAAUAAACACUUUGUUAGAUUGGGAA